AUGUUUCAUAAGGCCAAUUCUAACCUGGAAAUCUGUCAUUCUUUUGCAGCUUUGAAAGCAAAUAAGUAUACCCAUGUAGAGAAUUGCUCUAGCUCUGUGAGUAAAUUCAUCCUUUUAGGCUUCCCUUAUACUUGGGAAAUUCGGAUCCUCUGUUUCUCAGUUUUUUCUGGCACAUAUAUUCUGACACUCAUUGGAAAUCUGUGCAUUAUCUGUGCUGUGAGGUGCGACCAUCAACUGCAAACUCCAAUGUACAUCUUGCUGGCCAAUUUUUCCUUCCUGGAGAUCUGGUUUAUCACCUCCACUGUCCCUAAUAUGCUAGCCAACUUUCUUUCUGAGACCAACACCAUCUCCUUCUCUGGAUGUUUCCUCCAGUUCUACUUCUUCUUCUCCAUGGGCACCACUGAGACCCUCUUCUUGUCUGCCAUGGCCUUUGACAGGUACCUUGCCAUCUGCAGGCCCCUUCACUACCCCACUGUCAUGACGGUGCAACGCUGCAUCAGAAUGGGAGCCUGCUGCUGGCUGUGUGGCUUCUUGUACUUCCUCUUGCCUAUAUAUCUAAUCUCUCAACUCCCCUUUUGUUGUCUCAAUAAAAUUGAUCACUUCCUAUGUGACCCAGGACCCCUUAUAAAGCUGUCUUGUGUGCCAGCUCCUGUCACUGAGAUCAUCUGUGCCAUCUACAAUUCAGUCCUCAUUUUCUCCACCUUACUCUUCAUUACCAGCUCCUACACCCUGGUGAUCAGAGCUGUGUUUAGGGUCCCCUCAGCAGAAGGCCGGCAUAAGGCUUUCUCUACCUGUGGCUCCCAUCUGUCUGUAGUGUCUCUGUUCUAUGGCUCUAUUAUGGUCGUAUAUGUGAGCCCAACGGCAGGCAAUCCAGCCGGGAUUCAGAAAUAUGUGACUUUGUUUUAUUCUGUGUUAACUCCACUGUUCAACCCUUUGAUCUAUAGUCUCCGGAAUAAAGAGAUGAAGGAGGCUCUGAGGAAAUUAUUUAAGACUGUGAGAUUUAGGCAGAGGCCUGGCAGAAAUCUUUGA